CUUUAUUAUCCACCCGCACAGUAGGUGGCGGAAUACACAUAUAAUUGAUGCGAACGCCAUUAUAUCAAAGAAGUAGACGGUGAGUAAUCUUUGGUACCUGAUUGGUCACUACACUGACAAUACUUCCUGAAACAAUCCAUGUUGCAACAGCAAGUAUACGUUUCAGUAGUUUAGGGUUCAAAUCAACGAAAUAAAUCACAAUGGAUGAUCGUGAGCUUGAUCUCACCGAGUCACAGAAAGAAACCAAGUCGAAAUACCCGGCGAUCAACAAGAAGUAUGAAUAUUUGGACCACACUGCUGAUGUACAGCUCCACUCUUGGGGAGACUCUCUGGAGGAGGCCUUUGAGCAGUGUGCCAUGGCAAUGUUUGGGUAUAUGACAGAUACAGAGACAGUGGAGCCCAUUGACACAGUAGAAGUGGAAUCAGAAGGUGAUGACAUGGAAUCUCUUCUCUUCCACUUCCUAGAUGACUGGUUAUUCAAAUUCAGUGCAGAUCUUUUCUUCAUUCCUAGAGUAAGGGCCUUCAACGUAUUCAUUCCAGUGAGGCUACAUGGAGCUCGCUCUCUCUCUCCUACCCCCAUCAAUAGAUGUAUAGAUUUCUUGGUGCCUGAGGUUAAAGUUUUGCACAUUGACAGGAUGCACUUCAAAAUCCGCUCCAUUGGGUGGGGAGAAGAGUUCAACUUGGUCAAGCAUCCACAGGGGACAGAAGUGAAGGCCAUCACUUACUCAGCCAUGCAGAUCCAUGACAUCGACAAGCCCGAGAUCUUUGCCAUCAUUGACAUCUGAGGAUACUACUACUGAGAAACUGUCCCAGAAGGGAACAGGACAAUAGAAACAAACCUAUAUGUGCCUGUGUGAUUGGACAAUUGAUUUAGGGCAACAGCAUAGGCUUUGAAAAUUGACAUUUGAUUAAGGGCAACAGCAUAGGCUUUAGAACUGGAUGAGUGAAGUGUAAUAUUUCCCUGAAUUUGAAUUGUUUACCGACAGAUAUCCAGAGAGCAGCAAACAUCAGCAGCAGCAGAGUAACUGCUUAAGAUACACUACAUGACCAAAAGUAUGUGGACACCUGCCCGUCAAACAUCUCAUUCUAAAAAUAACGGGCAUUAAUAUGGAGUUGGUGCCCCCCUUUGUUGCUAUAACAGCCUCCACUCUUUUGGGAAGGUGGCAUAAUCCCUGAGCCGACUAGAUGAAAAUAAUGUUGAUGUGCCCUUGAGCAAGGCACUUAACCCUAGUUGCCCCUGUCAGUCGCUCUGGAUAAAGUGUCUGCUAAAUGACUAACAUUUAAAGGCUUUCCACUAGAUGUUGGAACAUUGCUUCGGGUACUUGCUUCCAUUCAGCCACAAGAGCAUUAGGGAGGUCGGGUACUGAUGUUGGGUGAUUAGGCCUGGCUCGCAAGUCGGCGUUCCAAUUCAUCCCAAAGGUGUUUGAUGGGUUUGUGGUCAGGGCUCUGCAGGCCAAUCAAGUUCUUCCACACUGAUCUUGACAAACAAUUUCUGUAUGGACCUUGCUUUGUGCACAGGUGCAUUGUCAUGCCUAAACAGGAAAGGGCCUUCCCCAAAUUGUUACCACCAAGUUGGAAGCACAGAAUUGUCUAGAAUGUAUGCUGUAGCGUUAAGACUUCCCUUCACUGGAAUUAAGUGCCCAGCCUGAACCAUUAUUCCUCCACCAAACUAUAGAACAGUGUGUUCUAUAUCGAGGCAGGUAGCGUUCUCCCUGCAUCCGCCCAACACAGAUUCGUCUGUCGGAUUGCCAGUUGGUGAAGCGUCACUCCAUAUAAUGCGUUUCCAAUGGCGGCAAGCUUUACACAACUCCAGCCGACGCUUGGCAUUGUGCAUGGUGAUCUAAGGCAUGUGUGCGGCUACUUGGCCACGGAAACUCAUUUCAGCUCCCGAUGAACACUUCUUGUGCUGACGUUGCUUCCAGAGGCAGUUUGGAACUCGGUAGUGAGUGUUGCAACCGAGGACAGACGAUUUUUACGCGCUUCAACACUCGGUGGUCCCGUUCUGUGAGCUUAUGUGGCCUACCACUGCUAACGUAUCCACUUCACAAUAACAGCAUUUACAGUUGACCGGGGCAGCUCUAGCAGGGCAGAAAUUUGACGAACUGACUUGUUGGAAAAGGUGGCAUCCUAUGACGGUGCCACGUUGAAAGUCACUGAGCUCUUUAUUAAGGCCAUUCUACUGCCACUGUUUGUUUAUGGAGAUUGCAUGGCUGUGUGUUCAAUUUUAUACACCUGUCAGCAACAGAUGUGGCUGAAAUAGCCGAAUCCACUAAUUUGAAGGAGUGUCCACAUACUUUUCUAUAUAUAGUGUAAGUCACCUGGCUCUGCUCAUAAGUGCUCUGAGCGGUAUUGAUUGAGGAAUGCCAAUAAUUAAGGUUUUUAUUGUUAUUUUUAAGGAUCACAAAUUAAUCCAAAACGUGUCAAGAGACAGAAUCAUCUAAAACAAUCUGUUACGAAGAUGGCACAAUAAUGAAUGUACUUGUAGGGAUUUUUUAUUUUUUAUUGUUGAGAGACCGUGCAGGGGCAUUGACAGUUUUUCUUUUGUCAUAUGUACUGUAUUUGUACAGCUAGAUAUUUAUUUAAGCAUUUCAGGUGCCACACAUCUAAGAUUAAAAAUGAUUAAAAAUUCUUUAAACACUC